CAAAUCUCGGCGGAUUCCGGUACCCUACACCCCGGUUCUGCAGAGAAACUGGCAUGGCCUCGGAAACAGAAAAGGCACAAACUGCCCAACCAGGAGGAGAUACAAUAUUUGGGAAAAUUGUUAGGGGUGAAAUACCAACAAAAUUUAUCUAUGAGGAUGAGCAGUGUGUUGCCUUCAAUGAUAUAGCACCUGAAGCUCCAACCCAUUUCCUUGUCCUACCUAAGAAACCUCUAACCAGGCCUGCAGAGACUGAAGAUUCUGAUGAACAGCUACUUGGACAUUUAUUGAUAGUUGCUAGGAAGGUUGCUAAGGAUGUUGGAUUAGCUGAUGGAUUUAGAAUCACCAUUAACGACGGUGUCAAGGGAGGUCAAUCUGUUUACCAUCUACAUGUGCAUGUGAUGGGAGGUCGUCAAAUGGGAUGGCCUCCAGGAUAAAUUCACUUAUUUUCAUGUUUUUAUUAAGUGGACAGACAACGCAGUAGAAAGAGAGUUUUUGAAACUGAAACUCAACGUUUUGAAAUUUAAAAAAAAUACUGUUAAUAAGUGAUUUAUAUGAUAGUGGUUAUGUGUACUAAAUGCUUUCUGAUGCAAUAUUUAUCUACAUGAAGAUUUACUCCAUAAAAAUCUAAAAAACUUUUA